AUGUCGCUCUCUACAAAUGGCGUGCCAGUGCCGCCCUUGCCAACGACAACGACAUCCGAACGCAAAGAGGCCGCAGAUGGCCACCAAGAGAAUGUGGAUCUGUCCACCACGACAAAUGUGGUGCUGUCCGACUCGCAGUUCACCAUCCGAGAGGGCGGAUAUGGAUGGGUGAACGUGGUAUGCGGUUUCCUGCUCAAUGCCGCAACUUGGGGUGUCAACACGACGUUCGGAAUCUACUUUUCCUUCUACCUUAGGAACGACUAUUUCGAAGGCGCCACGCCGAUGCGAUACGCAUACGUUGGCGGCCUCUCGGUAGCCAGCUGCAUGCUGGUUGCUCCGUUCGUCAAUCUGCUCUGGCGUUCGUCCGGCUGGUUCAAGACGCCACUGUAUUUGGGCAUGAUCUUCAUCUCGCUCGGCCAGGUGGGUGCCGGUUUCUGCACGACGUACAUCCAGCUGCUCUUCACCCAGGGCUUGGUGUUCGGCAUCGGGCUCGGGCUCACCAUGAUCCCAACGCAGCCGCUGCUCAGUCAGUGGUUCAGACGCAAGCUCAGCUAUGCACAGGGUGUAGCAGCUGCAGGAAGCGGUAUGGGAGGUCUGGUGCUGGCAAACACGACGCGCUACCUGAUCCAGGAAAAGUCGCUCAAGUACGCGCUCAUCUGCAACGGCAUCGUGUCGUUUGUCGUGCUGCUGCCGUGUAUCACGCUGAUGAAGUCGACCGAAUCCCAACCGAUGCACUUCAUUCCUUCCAAGCUCCGCAAGCAGAAGGCGGCGGACGCGCCGACAGUCCGUAUCAAGAAAAACCCGCUCGAGCUCAAGUGGUUCUUCCACCCGGGCUACUCUUUUGUGCUCCUCUUUGGCGUCUUUUCGAUGAUCGGCUACUUUGUCGCGCUGUACUCGCUGGCGGCUUUCGCAUCGUCCGGACUGGGCCUGACGCAGAAACAGGCAUCGACGCUUCAGUCGAUCCUCGCGGCAGGACAGAUGGUGGGCCGACCGUUAUGUGGAUUCCUGCUGGAUCUGAUCGGGCGUCAUCCGUGCACGAUCCUGAUCCAGAUCUUGGCAGGCGUGACCUGCCUCGCGUUCUGGCUCCCCGCGCGCGGGUUCGCUCUGCUCGUCGUCUUCGCCGUCACCCAGGGUCUGCUCGGCGGAACGGUAUGGAGCAGCGUUGCGCCCAUCUCGGCCGAAGUCGUCGGCAUCCGCGACUUGCCCUCGGCACUGGCUGUGUUCUGGUUCGCGACGGUGCUGCCGGCUCAAUUCGGCCAGCCGAUCGCCGUGGCAUUCAUCAACCACUCGCAAAACAGCCUCGGCCGCACAGGCGCCGACGCAUAUCUCAUCUCCAUCGGCUUCUGCGGCGCGAUGUUUAUCGCGAGCGGGCUCAUGCUCUGCCUGAGCUGGCGCUACGUACGCGCCAGAAACCAAAAAGAGCAGCUUCAGAGCCCGACGCCAGAGUCUCAGCAGGACACGGUCGAUUCCACUGCACCCUCGCAGGCCACCGAAAAGGUAUGA